AUGCUGUAUCAACAUAUCCCAUUGACGAGUAACUCGCAAACAAGGGUCUUGGUUCUCCAGCCUGCCCAAGACAAAUCAGAGGUUCUGGUUGGAUCAUUGAAGGUAUGUGACCUACAAAGGUCGUCGGGAUCUAUCAUCCCGUCUUCUCCAUUUGAGGCACUCUCCUAUGUCUGGGGUCCCCCAAGUUCGACGCACACACUCACACUUGGUACUGCGUCUCUACCUAUCACGGCCAACUGCGAUGGGGCACUAAGAGAACUGAGGUGGACCUCGAAAGAGCGCCAUCUUUGGAUCGACAGCAUUUGCAUCGACCAGACUGAUGGCGGCAUCCGGGAAAGGAACAUUCAAGUUGCUAUGAUGGGCGACAUUUAUGAAGCAGCUUCUGAUGUUCUGGUUUGGCUUGGCCCAAGCGACGAGAAGACGACGGCACUCUUACGACACUUUAAGCGGCUAUAUCUAAUUCGGGAUGACUUUUGGGAAGAUCUGAGACACAACCUGUGUUCUAAAUUCAUGAAUAAAUGUGAGGGCAAGUGGAAAACGUCGCAGAUGUGGGCUGUCCAAGAAAUCAUCGAAGGACUCCUUAGCAGAACUUGGUUUGAGAGAAUGUGGACUCUCCAAGAACUUCUCCUCGCAAAACACGCAACAAUCAUGUGUGGUACUCAGACCAUGUCGUGGGAUGCGCUCUGCCAGGCCCUCGAGCUCAUCGAGGCCUCGUUUCCCUUGUCGAGCAAGGGAACUCGGAACUUUGUCAACUGCUUCUACGCGUGCUCCGACUUUAAAGAGAUGCUAGAAGACAUUGAAAACAACGAGACUGAUGAUGGGGUUAAAGUGCUUUCGAGAAUGGUUCAUCAUUCAAGAAUCAGACAUGCCACAAACCCCAAGGACAAGAUCUUUGCACUCUACGGUCUCUCACAAAAACUGGGGAAACCCAUGCCGCAGCCGGACUAUACCCAAUCUAUUUCGGAGAUCUACACAAGGGCCACUGUUGCUAUUAUGCAGCAGGAUAACUCUCUCUGGCCACUAGAAAAUUUGUGGAGUGAGAACCGGCGAGACGAUCUUCCUUCGUGGGUGCCAGACUGGAGUGAGGACUCCCGAUGGUCCGAUGACCUCAAUCAGGACCUUGGACAUGUUCCAUUAGAUCAUGCGGAUCGUGAUAUUCCUUCUCACUGGGACGGGCCAACUGAACCAGCCGCAUCGAUCAGGAUAUCCUCCGACUAUAAACAACUUGUUCUCAGCGGCAGAACACUAGGAGUUGUUGAUCAUGUGGUUGGCGAUUCUAGUAGAGUGCAGGCUCAAACCGAAACCCUCGCUGCAACUCAUGGAACAGUCAAGUACGAACUGGCAAUACGGAAGCACGGAGCAGAGACGAUCAAGCUCUUCCGAAUGCUAUGCUGUAGUACCUCUGCGGGGGAUCAGUCUGAAGCUCAACUUUGUCAGUUGUUGCUCACAAACAGCCCAACGCAACCCGAAACAUCCUUCAUGUCAGGGCUUCGAGCUCUGAGAUGCGUAUUUGAGACAGAAGCAUCUGAGAAGAACCGACGGUACAUCUUUACUCGUGCGAGGAAUAAACUGAUGAGAGCUACAAAUGAGAUGAGCAGGCAUUCAGACGUUCUCUCCUACGUCGAGUCUGAUGUUGAUGCCGCCCUCGACGCCAUCUUUGCCGGAUCUGAUGUUGCCAGUCACGAGUCAUGGGUAGAGGGCGACUGCGAUAGAUCGCUGUUCAACUCUUUGAUGUCUGCUGCUAGCCUUUACCGCCUCAUAAGAGGCCUUUGGAUCAACAGGUCCAUCUUCACAACGGACUCAGGCCUUCUCGGGUAUGCCCAUGGACGAGCCUUGAAAGGCGACAGGGUGGUCAUGUUUGUUGGUGCUGAGGUUCCAAGUGUGAUCAGGCCUCGCGGGGGAGAGUUUAAAAUCCAGGGGCCUGCGGUUGUCAAGGCAAGAGGGAGCAUAAUGAAUGCUCUACAAGGCUCAUUGUUGAAGGAAUUUGUCCUACUCUAA